ACGGUCCUCCUUCAGUCUUAGAACUCACCUCGGUUGGGCUGUACGGGGACACGGUUUGAAACGAACCAUCCGUUUCUGCUUUAGCUUCAGUUUCAGUUAUACGGUACCAAGACGCUAGCCCUAACCAGAGGGAGAGCUGAUUAUCGCAUCGCCAGAUUCAUUUGCUCAUCUUCCAUAACCCGUUUGUGCUAUACGCCCGGUGCUGAUCAGUGCAACAAAAGCUGCCAAUGCUGUUAUACCUGCUAUCGGUCCAGCGCUAGUAGAGACAGAGAGAGGCAGAGUGGGAGUGUAUCUGUUAAAAUGUUGAUCCUGCUCGUGAAUACACAGAGAUGGACACUGAGAUAGCCUACUUCGCACUGCUUGUUUGUAUUGGCUUGCUGUCGGGCUCGUCCAACGCAUCGAAUCUACUGAUGGCCGCUUUAACCGAUACGCUGGUGCCAUGUGGUGACAUUCAUUGUCGCAACGCAACGGAAAUAUGUAAUGACCAAAUCUGCGAGUGUAAGCCAAACUUUGAGGAUAUCGGAACAUUUGAGUGUGUACCAUGCCCGGGCGAAGGACUGCAUUGCCGCGGUUGUUGCAUGACCGAUGCGUUGAUAUGCUACCGUGGAAUCUGCCAAAGGUGCGACACAGAUAGCAAUGGCAAUUGCAUAACUCAGGAGUCACUGUUUUUCCUCACAGCAGCCCAAGUCGCCCUGGCAACUGCUAUGGUACUGGGUGUGAUAUCAUUAAGCUUUCUACUCUACAAAACUCUUCGUUCUCGUUUGAGGCGCAACAAUAACCAAACGGCGCCUAGCGAAUUCCGACAAUCGGUGGUCAGCCGUGUAUCGCUCUCCUCCAUACAACAACGGGUGGUUCGUCGAUUGCGUGAUCGUCCACCGAAAUACGAAACGAGGCACAACUAUGAGCACCAGCAACGACAAAUGGAACCGCAGAAUAGUCAGCAAAACACACCCGCCAGCCCACCGCCAUCGGAGGAUGCUACGCAACAGCGAACCAUUCCCAUAAAUGGUCCUCCACCGGCCUAUGAGGGUGACACGAUGUCUUUGGCGGAAAAUCCACCACCGUAUACCGCAGAACCGACAGGCGACGAUCGAGUGGCAGUAAUCGAUAUUCCCCUAACUAACCGGCUUCCGGUUGAUUCGUCACCCGGGACGACGGAAGCUAGUACGAUCGAUGCACGAGAACUGCAGGGCAUCGACAAUCAGGUGUUUGAACCGGAUAAGCCCGCCCAAUCGCCGGCAGCUGAACUAAAGGGCGAGGGAGAAAGCGUUGAACAUGCUCAAACCCGAUGCUACGAUAUUCCUCUAGUCACUAACGACGAUAAAACGGUAUACAUGUAAAGAUCCGGCCGCUUCGGGGUUCGCUUCGUGCGGAAACCUGAAUGAAUGGUGUAAGUUACUUUUAAGGUUUGUACAAUAAAACAGAAACGGAGGCACACUCCAACU